ACUAAAGGAAUUUCCUAAAGAAUAAAAAAUGUUCUCUCAUUCAAUGCAAACACCAAGCACAAAGAAAACGCACCGCAAAAUGUGUGAAAACUCAUUGAAAGGCAACAAAUACUAAUUGAAAAGCACAGCAAGAGUGAGUGAGUGAGUGAGUGAGUGAGAGAGAGAGGGAGGAGUGAAACAGAUUAGAGAAAUAUGUCAGCGUCUGACAAACGAACUGUCAAAAUGCCAGACGCGUCAAUAAGUCAGCGCAUCAAUGAACGGCGAAAUGUUGCUGCGGUCGCAACGAAAUUGCUGCAUUUAUGCAUCUAUCUAGUCUGCAUAACACACACGCUGCAACAUGCGAUGCCUGCGGGCAACAUGUUGCAACAACAGCAAGAGCAGCAGCGACAACAACAACAACAACAAAUAACUAGUGUAAAUAGCAGUGUAAAUAUCAAUAUAAGCAGCAAUUUCAAUGAAAUUGUCACGGCCACGGCGACAGCAACAGCUGCUGCUGCGACUGCAACAACUACGGCAACAGCAACACCAGUGCGUCGCAACAAAUGGCGUCGCAAAUUUGUGAGCAACAGUAACAGCAGCAGCAACAGGCGACGCAAACUAUUGCGGCCGCAUCACUAUCAGCGCAAUGUGACGCAUGCAACACGCACCACAACUGCAACAGCAACAAUUGCUACCAGUGCAACAGCAACAACACUAAUACCAAAGAUACAACAACAGCAGCAGCAGCAGCAGCAGCAGCAGCAACACUUCAGUUAUCACACGCGCCUGCACAGCAGCUAUCAGCAACAGCAACAACAUGUUGCUGGCGUGCAGCAGCAGCAGCAACAGCAACAGCAUGUUGUUGCCAUAACCCCGCGACCGCUUAAGCAACAGCAACAUGCUUUUGCGCUGCCGGCUGCCACUUACUAUCAGCAACAGCAGCAGCAGCAACAGCAGCAGCAACUCUUUGGCAAUCUGAGCCGGCAGCAACAGCAACAGCAGCAGCAGCAACACUUUCUCAUACACCCCAGCAGCAACAAUAUUGUGCUGUACAACAAUCUGGACAGUCUGCCGCCCUGUCCGCCGGGCAUGCGUCUGGUGCCACAGCACUUCAUACCCCUCCGCCCAACAGCGACGCCAGCAACACAACGCUCGAGGCAACGUGAUUGCCAAUGCAGUCCAGUGGGCUCUCUGUCUACGGCUUGCGACAAGCGCACCGGGCAAUGUUCCUGCCUGCUGAACGUGGCUGGGCGUCGCUGCGACAAGUGCAAGCCGGGCCACUGGAAUCUGACGCAGGGCGUCGGCUGUCACGACUGCCAAUGCGAUCCGCAUGGAGCACGCGGAAACGAAUGCAAUCCGUGGACGGGCCAAUGCGAUUGCAAAAUAGGUGUUGGGGGCCGGCAUUGCAAUGAGUGCACCGAAGGCUUCUAUGGCUUCAGCACGGAUGGCUGCCAACGGUGUGCCGCGUGCGCAGCGGAGGGUCAGGUCUGUGAUCCGAUCAACGGCCGCUGCAUAUGCCCCAAAUAUACGCGAGGCUUGGGCUGUGGGCAGUGUGUGCCCGGCACCUGGGGCUGGCAGGCACGUCUCGGUUGUCGGGAGUGUGAAUGCGAUCACAUCGGCUCCAUUGGACAGCAGUGCGCCACCGUGGGCGGGCAAUGCCAGUGCCGUGAGGGCUAUGCGGGACGCACUUGCAAUAGCUGUGCCGUUGGCUACUUUGGCUAUCCGGAGUGCCGGCGCUGUGGCUGCGACGUAGAAGGUUCCUUUACGCGAGCGGACGGACUCAUUGCCUGCGACUCGAACGGCCAGUGCCCAUGCAAAUCUCUCGUGGUGGGCCUCAAGUGCGACACCUGCAUGCAGAGCACCUUUGGCCUGUCCGCACUCAAUCCCGAGGGCUGCACCCGUUGCUUCUGCUUCGGGCGCGCCGCUGAGUGCGAGCAGAGUGAACUCUCCUGGGGUCACAUUCGCAUGCCGGAGGCGCGUAAUCUGAGCGUGCAGCAAUUGCGCCCACAACACGUGCCCAAUGGCGAGUUCGAGUACAUUGUCGUCGUCCAAAUGGCGGGCAGCGUCUCGUAUCGCGAGGAUGCGGAAAUACAGCGAAUGAAUGACUUGAGCCUCGUGCCCCGCUCCACGGGCAAUGUGUCCAUUGGCGCCUAUACGCAGUUCUAUCAGCCGCUCUACUUCCAGCUGCCGCCACAAUUCUACGGCGAUCGCACCACCAGCUAUGGUGGCUAUCUCUACUUCUCCCUGAUCACCGACGGCGCUCAGAUGCCGCUGGAGAGGAAGAUAUUGUCACAGUAUCCGCUCGUGCAGCUGCACGCGCACACGAAGUUGGUUCUGGACUUUUAUGAGCACGAGGAAUUCGAGUACUCGCUGAAUGUGACCCAUCGCGUGCCGCUCCACGAAUCCUAUUGGAAAUACCACCAGAACAAUCAGGCGGUGGAUCGCGGCACCUUAAUGGCGGCACUGCAAAAUGUGAAGCAUAUCUUUCUGCGCGCCUUUGCCUUUGCUGAUUUUCAGCAAGUUGUCUUGCACAGUGUUCACAUGGAUGCUGCAAUCUAUGUGCAGGGCUCCACUAAUCUGCUGGCCAAGGGCGUGGAGCAGUGCAAGUGCCCCAAGCGUUUCGCUGGACUCUCCUGCCAGGACCCGGGACGCUCGUUUUACCGUUGGCGCAACACCAGCGACGUGGAAAGUGUCUUCAUUGAAGAUCUAAUUGGACGCGCGGCUCCGUGCCAUUGCAAUGGACGCAGCAAUGAUUGCGAUCGCGAAACCGGCGUUUGUUUGAAUUGUCGCGAUAAUAGCGGCGGUGCGCAUUGCCAGCACUGCGCCGAUGGCUACUACGGAGAUCCGAAUUCACGGCACGGAUGCCAGGCCUGCCCUUGCCCGGAGACGAAUCGCAAUUUCGCACGCGGCUGCAAUGUGCGCGAGGGCGAAGUGAGCUGCGUCUGCAAGCCCGGCUACACGGGCCGCCUGUGCGAGCACUGUCAGCCGGGCUACUUUGGCAAUCCGAUGCAGUAUCCGAACAGCAGCUGCCAGGCGUGCGACUGCCACGUGGAUGGCCUACGGGCGGAGGGCUGUGAUGCGCAGACGGGGCAGUGCCACUGCCGGGAGGGUGUCACAGGCUUAAAGUGCGAUAAGUGCAUGGCACAGCGCCACCAUCUGCAAGACCAGGGCUGCAGGCUUUGCGACAACUGCACGCUGCUGCUGCUGGACUAUGUGGAGCUGGUGGGGCACAAGCUGCGCCGCGGGCUGCACAACAUGGACCUGACGGGCAUUCCGGCGCCUUACCUCAAGUUGAGUGAGUACGAGCGCGCCUAUAAGGAGUGGCGUGCCCGCCAACAGGACGUUAGCCAGGCCCGGCAGCUGCUGUUGGGCUAUGACGUGGGCGCCCUGCUCAAGAUGGAUGCGCAUGCGGAGAAUAAUAAGUUCCAGUCCCGGAAAGCUCUGGCCACCAUUGGCAAGCGACAGCAUGCGCUGCAGUCGAUGCAGGAGUCGGCUCUGGUCCUUCAGCAGGACGUGCGCAAAAUGCGUGGCGAGCAAAUGCAGACCUUGCAGGAUUUGCGCAACUAUGGCACGGGCGCCCAUCAUCUCAGUCUGCCCACGGCCCUGAAGCAGGCCCGAUUCUAUCUGGAAGCCAUUCAGCAGCAUCAUCACAUGGUCCAAGACAUUCGCAGCUCCAGCGACUGCGCCUGGGAGCUCUUCUAUGCCACCGGCAACGCCUCCGAUGCGGCCUACGAUCAGCGAGCGCGCCUCGAGAUGCUCUGGCGCGAUCUGAAUCAAACCAAUUAUCGUGUGGCCGAUAUGCGGCUGCACCUCGAUCGCACCCAGGACGUGGAGAGCGAGGCGGAGGAUGUGCUCGAGCAUGUGCGCAAUCUCAGCGGCCAUGUGGCCGAGCAGUACCAGGAGCUGAGCGCACUGGACCAACACAUACAGCAACAGUUGAAUCCACGUCAAACUGAGCUCGGCCAUAAAAAUCUCCGAACGAGCAUUGAGCAUCAAUUGCAACUGAACGCGCAGCGACGUCAACUGGCUGCGGCCGCAGCGCAGCUGAAUGCGACGCUUCUCGUGGAGCUGGAGCUGCAGCGCGAGGUGCGCAAGCAUUGGCUACCCAAGGCAGAGAAGCAUGCAGCACGUCUGCUCGAACGCUCCAACGAAUAUGCCAAGCAAUUCCAGCCGACGCGCAAUGCGGCACGCAUUGCCAUGCUGGCCAGCUCCGCCCACAGCAACAUUUCGCUGGCCAUUGCAGCCGCUCAGCAGGCAUCGCUGCUGGCCAAGGAGCGCGUGUUCGAGGCCCAAAGCACACUUUAUCCCAGCGACGGCAGCUCGAUGAUCGAACGUGCUAAGCACUCGCUGCAGCGCUCCAAGCAGCUGCAGCGUGAGGCCUUGCAGCAAAUGCAAAAAUCCACCGUUCUGAAGGGCAAGCUGCAGCAGCAGCAACAGCAGGUGGAGGGCAUCAAGCGCACCAUCUUUGAGACGGGACAGCGCAGCAAUAACAUCACCAGCCAGCUGCAGUUGCUCAGGAAUGGCUCGGCGCGACGCGAUGCGCAGCAGAGCAUGAAACUGGCGCAGCAGACCAGCGACGAGAUGCGCCAGGAGCUGAGGAGGGCGAAGGAGCUGCAGCAGUCCAUACAGCAUAUGCGCAAGUCCUUUGCCAUGCUCGAGCCAGACUGGGAGAUCAAGCUGGGCAUGGCCGAGGAGAAUAUCUCGCUGACGAAAACGAACUUGCGGCUGGGCAACGUCUCGCUCAGCUACAUCGAGCAGCAGGCGGCCAAGGAGCAGCAGAUCUUCGAGCAGUGGAACAACAGCAUGGCCAGCCAGCUGCAGCAGCUGAGGGAUCAAAUAGCCAAGGCUAGGCAUGCAGCCGAGGCGAUCGAUGUCUCGCUGGAGUCGCUGGGCCCCAAGUGCAGUCGCAGCUAUCUGCCCGUCUCCUAUGGCCUGAGCACCUCCAAUUCGCUGCGCUUGAGCUUCAGCCUCUCCAAUCACAUGGGCAACUCGCCGCUGUUGCUCGUGCAGGGCAGCGAGGGUCGCCACAUCACUUUGGAGCUGUACAGGAGGCAUGUGCGGCUGAUUUGGUAUCUGGGCGGCAGCACGGCGACCAUAACGCAUCCGCUCGAGGUGCAGACGCGCGAUCCCAAAUACGACGAUGCCUGGUAUCACGUGGAAGCGAAUCGCACACUGAACCUGGGCAGCCUGCUGGUGCGCCGCAUGAACAACUUUGGCUCCUUGAUGCCUGGCUCUCCGGUUACCGGCUCCACGGAUGCGGAGCACACGCGUUUCUAUCAGACUCACGACGAGCGCAUCUUGCUGGGCGGCCCGGCGUCCAAGGACCAAACACCGGGUCUAAAUGUAGUCGUGCACCAGGUGGAGGUGGACAAUAAACCGCUGGGCCUAUGGAACUUCAUCAGCAGCGAGGGACGGUGUGGCGGUGCCAUGAUUGGCGCCAGGGAAUCAACGGCCUCCUCGGUGGCACGGCACUUCAAUGGCCUCGGCUAUGCGCAGCUGAAGAAGACGCGACCGCGCCCCUAUCGCAAGAAUCUCUUUGCGCUGCAGAUGACCUUCCGCACGCUGGACGAGAAUGCGCUGCUCUUCCUGGCGGUUGAUGACAAGAAUAACCGCUCCGUUUCGGUCACAUUGAGUCGCGGUCGCAUCAUGUUCCGCAUCGAUUAUGGCGACGAGUCCAAGCUGGAGAUAAAUACCACCAAAAAGUACAACACCGGCCAGUGGAUCAAAAUCGAGGCGGCGCGCGAGUUCUCCACACGACGCAGCACCGAGAAUGGAAUGCUGCGCGUGAACAAUGAUCGCCCCAUCUCCGGCGCACCCACAUUGCCCGUGAAGAGUCACAUGCUGCCGGAUCUGUCCAAGGCGGUGUAUUAUCUGGGAGGCGUGCCACCAGGCUUUACUUCAGGCACUACUAAAGCACCCGGCGCUGAUAAUCCCUUCCUCGGCUGCAUGAUGGAUGUGCAGGUGAAUGGCGAGACCUAUGAUCCGCUCGAGAGCUCUACAUACUUUGGCGUGGAGUCCUCCUGCAAGGACAUGAUUACAAAAGCUGGCUUCUCGGGCAAUGGCUACUUGGAGCUGCCAUCGCAGUCGCUGCGCAAGCGUGCCAAUGUGGCUCUGGUGUUCCGCACGCUUCAGGCCGAUUGUCUGCUGCUGCUGGCCGCCUAUCCACCCGAAGUGCUUGGCGACUACGAUGCCAAGGAUAUCAAGGGCAACUACUCGAUGAGUCUGGUCGAUGGCCAGCUGCAGGUGUGGCUCAAUUCCGGCCGCAGCUUCAUCAAGAUGUCCUCCAAUGCCAGCCAGCUGAACGAUGGCGAGUUGCAUGUGAUCAAUCUCAGUAAGACCGGACGCCGCCUGGAGUUGAUGGUGGACGAUGAACUGCAGGAGGUUCGCACCCUGACGGGCUCACCCUCAAUCAUCAGUCUACCCCAGGAUGCGGGCGGGCUCUACAUUGGCGGUGCACCGCCCCACGAGAUCUACACACCCUUGGCGCCCACCUUUGUGAAGCUGGAGGGUGCCGUGCGGGAUGUGGUGUUCAAUAACCGUACGAUCAAUUUCAAUGAUGCCCUGACCUUUGUCAAUGUGCAGAUCGGACGCAACGGUCCAGUCAUGGGCAGUCCCAAGGGCGCUCUCUACGAUGUGCUGCUCAAGACGGAGCCAAUGAUUGGGAAGAGUUUCACCGCCUCACCGGAGGGCUGCAAGCGGAUCGGGAGCUACUCCUACGAGCCGAAUGCCUUCAAGUUCGGCGACGAACUCUAUAGCUACUCGCAGCUGAAGCUGCCCGAGCGUCACUUCUGGCAACGCAACUUCCAGCUGAGCUUCGAGUUCCGCUCGUUCUAUCCGAAUGGUAUGCUCUACUUAUCGCCGGGCAGCAAGGAGAAGCCCAAGCACUAUGUCACCCUGCUGCUCAAGGAUGGCCAGCUGGUGUUGAUAGUGCGCGGACGGAGGCGCGAGGAGCUGCUGCUCACCGCCAAGCUGAACGACGGCGAAUGGCAUCGGGUUACGAUCAGCUGCCGCGAUCGCAAGGUUACGCUGAGCGUCGAGAUUGGACGCACAGAUCAAAAGACCUCGGCCCAGAUGAAGGUGCCCAAGAAAAUAGGCGCCUCACAGCUCAUGCUGGUCGGCGGCCUGCCCCAGGCACCGGUCAAGGUGCCCUCGGAGCUCUAUAUGCGCCUCGAGCCCUUCAAGGGCUGUCUGCGGCGAUUCAGCAUCAACAAUAGCACACAGGAUCUGGCACGUCCGGGCAAGCACGCAAAUGUCGGACAAUGUUUCCCGAAAGUGGAGCGCGGCAGUUACUUCCCAGGCGAUGCCUAUGCCAUAUACAAGAGAAACUUUCAUGUGGCCAAAUAUUUGGAACUGGAAUUGGAAUUUCGCACCUCUGAGCUAUCCGGCAUAUUGCUAAGCGUAUCCGAGCCCAACAACUUUCCUUCGCUCUCGCUGGAGCUAAGCAAUGGCAAUAUCGUUUUCUCAUGUGAUCUGGGCGAUGGUGUGCCCUUCCGCGUGGAGUCUACGCUGCCGGACAAAUAUGCUUUGUGCGACAAUAAAUGGCACAACAUAUCCGCGCUCUAUGACGGCGAGCAGAUUGCGCUGAGGAUCGAUCAGCUGCCCGCCACGAUCAGCAUGUCGAGCCAACGCAAUGCGGGCAAGGUGCAAACACGUUCGCCCCUCUACAUAGGCGGACUGCCAGAUAUUGCACCGAGUGGCUGUUUGUUGUCCCGCGAUAACUUCAAGGGCUGCAUACGUAAUGUCUCCAUACGCAAUGAGAGACGCGAUUGGAUCGAUAUGGAUGAUCUGCACAAUGUGCUGCUCAGCGAGUGUCUUGUCUCCAGCGAUGAUUGAAAUAUAUCGAAAUAUGUAGAGAUCGCGGAACGUUUUCUGGUUCCUGUUGUUGAUGCCACACCAAAACUUUUCCAAAUGCAUUGUGAUCAAAUAGGAGUUUUAGACUUAGACUUAGACAACGUCCAGUUCGUAGUAUAUCACUGCCAUAUAAGUAAUAUAUACCUAGCUAUACGUUUAGCCAGUGACUGCAUUUUACAUACUACAUACAUAUAUAUUAUUAUAUA